AUGCGAAGCAAAAUUGUCAUCAUAGGGGCUGGUUUUGCCGGAGUGUGGAGCGCCUUCGCAGCCCAACGUCUCAUCAACCUCAAUAACAAAGAGAAAGACAUUGAGGUUCUCGUCAUCGCCCCCGACCAAUCGCUGACCCAUCGCCCACGUCUGUAUGAGCCCAGUCCAUCAAUGAUGAAACAACCCCUUGAGCCGCUUUUUACAUGUGCUGGUAUCGGGUUCUUUCAAGGCACCGUCGAGAAAAUUGACACGGACUCGCAGACGGUCUAUGUCAAGUCUCCAUCUGGCGACGAAUCGGAUGUAGGUUACGACCGGCUUAUACUUGCAGCCGGAAGCGCAGUUGCACGACCCAAGAGUGUUACUGGUCUCGAAGAAUAUGCCUUUGACAUUGAUUCAAUCGCAGCUGCCACCAAGCUUGAAUCUCACAUCAAUAGUCUGGAGUCCCUUCCCGUCAGCAAAGCCCGCAACACCGUGAUUGUGUGCGGAGGCGGCUUCACAGGCAUUGAAAUCGCCGCCGAGCUACCUAAUAUGCUGAAGCACAUUGAGAACCCUCACAUUGUUCUCGUUGAAAGUGCUCCAGAGGUCGGUCCCGAGCUUGGAAAAGGUCCUCGUCCUACGAUCCUGAAAGCUCUGGAAAGUCUCGGUGUUGAACUCAAGCUCAGUGCUUCAGUAACUUCAGUUGACUCCGGUGGAGUCAACCUUUCGUCUGGAGAGCGGAUUGAAGCAAUGACUGUCAUCUGGACCGCUGGUGUGCGAGCAACAUCCCUGACUCAGCAAAUUCCUGGGAAGAAGGACGCGCUCUGCAGACUUUACGUCGACCAAGAUCUACGUGUUCCUGGUUGUCCUCACGUCUUUGCCUCCGGUGACGCCGCCCACGCCGCAACUGAUACAAAAGGCAAUGUUACCAUGCCAUCAUGCCAACACGCCGUCGUCCUCGGCCGUUUCUCAGGACACAACGCAGCAGCAGACCUCCUCGGCGAACCAACUCUUCCGUAUUCUCAGCCUGGAUACGGUACAUGUCUCGACCUUGGGCCAUGGGGCGCGAUGCUGGCUAAUGGCUGGGACAGGGAAGUCACGGUCACCGGGCAUCUCGCGAAGCAGGUGAAAAGAUAUGUCAACCAGAAAGUGAUUAUACUUCCGGAAACUGCUACGGAGGCGCUUGAUGCUGCAGAUCCUGCUUCCUACGACUCUGAAAAUCGCCUCAAGCGUGUACUCGGUGUUUUGGGAUGGACGUUGCGCAACUGGGUUAGUAAUAACAGUACGAAACUUGGCUAG